AUGGACAAGAAGUCUUUUGAAACGGUGUUGGAUGAAAUCAGAAAGGCUGUUUUGACAGAGUACAAAUUGAAAGCAAUUGAAUAUGUGCACGGAUACUUCUCUAGUGAACAGGUGGUGGAUUUACUAAGAUAUUUUUCCUGGGCUGAGCCUCAGUUGAAGGCAAUGAAAGCUUUACAAUAUAAAAUGGUGGCUGUACAUCCAGCAGAAGUGGUUAAUAUCCUCAACUGCUUCACCUUCAGUAAAGACAAACUAGUUGCUCUUGAACUAUUAGCUUCAAACAUUGUUGAUGCACAGAAUUCCCGUCCCAUUGAAGAUUUAUUCAGGAUAAAUAUGUCUGAGAAGAAACGGUGUAAGAGAGUUCUGGAACAGGCUUUUAAGGGAGGCUGCAAAGCUCCUCAUGCUAUGAUAUCUUCCUGUGGCACAAUUCCAGGAAAUCCGUAUCCCAAAGGAAAGCCUAGUCGCAUAAAUGGAAUUUUCCCAGGGACCCCAUUGAAAAAAGAUGGUGAAGAAUGUACCAAUGAAGGCAAAGGAAUCGCUGCAAGGAUUCUUGGCCCAUCUAAACCACCCCCUUCAACGUACAAUCCACAUAAACCUGUUCCUUAUCCCAUCCCUCCAUGCCGGCCACAUGCAACUAUUGCACCAAGUGCUUAUAACAAUGCAGGUCUGGUACCAUUAGCAAAUGUCAUAGCUCCAGUUGACCCUCCUCCACCACCAUACACAUCUAAUCCAGUAGGAACAGAAAAUGAAGACCUUUCCAGUCAGUCAAAACCUGCACAGAAUCCAACAUUUUCUACCCCAGCAAGUCAGCUCUUUUCUCCUCAUGGUUCUAAUCCUUCAACACCUGCUGCAACUUCCGCCCCGACUGCAUCCCCGGUCAAGGCAGCAAAUCACCCAUCAGCAUCAGCCACUGCCACCAAUCCAGGGAUGAACUUGCCAACCACUGUCCUUCCAGUGUUCCCAGGGCAGGUCUCCUCAGCCAUACAGACACCUCAGCCUUCAGUGCCAAAUCCAACAGUCAUCAGAACCCCUACCUUGCCUACCACACCUAUGACUUCCUCGCACAGCACAGCAUCUACUGCUGUUCCUUCUGUUUUCUCGGGCCUCGUUCCACUGCCAGCUUCUUCUGCUACUCCUACCCUGACCCCUCAAGCUGCAUCUACCCCUCGGGCCACUCCUGCUUCCAGUGAAACUUUUACCUCUACUUCUGCCCCUUUCACUAGCCUCCCCUUUUCUGCCACCUCUACUGCUCCUUCUCCCAAUAACCCAAGUUCUGUUUCAUUAUCAUCAUCAGUUUUUGCUGGUCUCCCCUUAACACCAGCAUCCCAAGGAGUAGCCAGCCUAACUCCUGUAAUUGCUGGUGGUUCCACUUCUAGUGUUGCCGGUCCACUGAGUGUAAAUAAUCACCUUCUGUCUGCUUUGAAAGGCUUCCUGGCAUCAAAUGAUACCAAUUUAAUCAACUCUUCUGCUUUAUCCUCUGCUGUUACUAAUCAGAACACCAGUGUUCCUGCUUCAGUCUCUAAUAAAUGCUAUGUGCCCUCGGUCCUCCCCACCCCACAGAGGUCUUCCACUCCAGGGCUGGCCUUGUUUCCAGGUCUCCCAUCGCCUGUGGCUAACUCCACAUCCACGCCCUCUACUCUGUCUGCACAGUCUCCUUUAGCUGCUCCUGCAUCUUCUGCCGCUUCUGUGCCAGCUAGCUGUGGCUCCUCAACUUCCCUUUUUCAUGGGCCCCACCCUAGUAACUCAGACUUGCACGUAUCAUCUGCCGCUACUGUAACAACUCUUCCUGUUAUGAUCAAAACUGAGCCAACAAGUCCUACUCCCUCAGCCUUCAAAGGCCCUUCCCAUUCCAUUAACCCCUCUCACAGCACUUUAGGUUUGUCAGCGACCGUCGGCCGAGCGUAUACGUCAACAUCUGUGCCCAUCAGUCUAUCUACUUGCCUUAAUCCUGCACUGUCAGGUCUCUCUAGUCUGAGUACUCCUUUAAAUGGUUCAAACCCCCUGUCCUCUAUUUCCCUUCCACCACACGGCUCCUCCACUCCUAUCGCUCCAGUAUUCACUGCCCUGCCUCCUUUUACAUCUUUGACCAAUAAUUUUCCUUUAGCAGGCAACCCUGCUCUUAACCCCUCAGUGUCUCUUCCGGGGUCGCUGAUAGCCACCUCCUCUAGCACAGCCACCUCCUCAUCUCUCCCUCAUGCUAGCUCCACUACAGGCGUUCUCUCAGGGCUGUCUGCCUCAGCACCAGUCUCAGCCUCACCUUUCCCCCUCAACCUGUCCACUGCUGUCCCCUCACUGUUUUCCGUGACUCAAGGCCCUCUGCCGUCCUCAAACCCCUCGUACCCUGGCUUCUCUGUCUCCAAUGCUCCCAGUGUUGCUCCCGCGCUCUCAUCCUUCCCGGGGCUGCAGGCGCCCUCCACAGUGGCAGCUGUAGCCCCCCUGCCUGUCGCUGCCACCGCCCCAUCACCUGCUCCUGUCCUCCCAGGAUUCGCCUCAGCAUUUAGUUCAAACUUCAACUCUGCUCUGGUGGCACAAGCUGGUUUAUCAUCUGGACUUCAAGCUGCAGGCGGCUCUGUUUUUCCAGGCCUGUUGUCCCUCCCAGGCAUCCCAGGGUUUUCCCAGAAUCCUUCACAGUCUUCUUUGCAAGAAUUACAGCAUAAUGCAGCUGCACAGUCAGCAUUGUUGCAGCAGGUCCAUUCAUCCUCAGCUCUGGAAAGCUAUCCAGCUCAGCCUGACGGGUUUCCUAGUUAUCCUUCAACACCAGGAACACCGUUUUCUUUGCAACCAAGUCUCUCUCAAAGUGGAUGGCAGUGA